AUGGAGACUGAAUUUAUUUUCAAAGUUGGAAUGAUAUUUGCAAAUGAAGAAGAAGCAUACAAGGCGUAUAAUGCACAUGCAUUCAACAAGGUAUUCGGGAUUAGAAAAGAUGAGACAAUAACCUCAUUUAUUUGGGUGUUUGAGACGUUCAUGGAGGCAAUGGGAGGCAAGGCACCUAAAACAAUUUUCACUGAUCAAGAUAGUGCAAUGGCCAAUGCUAUUGGCAAGGCAAAAUUCAAUAAAAUUUUGUAUGAAGUUGAAAUGGAGAAUGAGAUGGAGCAGCUUUGGAGAGAUCUAUGUGAAGAAUGGAAUGUUGGGGAAAAUAAGUGGUUGUGUAAUUUGUACUCGUUGCGUCAUAAAUGGUGCCCCGCGUUUAACCGUGCUAGUUUUUCGGCCGGCAUAAGAUCUACACAGAGAAGUGAAAGCACGAAUAAUGUUUUCAAACAUUUGUCUUGUAAGACAAUGACAUUGACCGAGUUUGUUUAUCACUAUGAGAAGCAAGCAGAAAAGAUGCGUGAUAAUCAAGUGGCCGAUGAUUUUGAAUGUACUCGAGGGGUGCCAAGAAUCGGUGUGGAUUGUGGUAUUUAG